UACGGUUUGAGCAGAUCACGACCCACACAACCCAGCAUCUCUCUAUUACUCUGUAUAACAGUAAAAUCAAAUAAAUUUCUUUUGGUACUGCGCUUAAGGACCGUUGUGCACCUCCGGUUCGGUUGCCUUCUUCAUAAAGAGUACCAAAAUGUCGUCGGCAGCCAGUGUAGCCGUAGAGACAAGUGCUAGUCAAUCGUCUUACGAUGUUGCGGCUACAAUCAAGCUGAUCAAUCAUACAAAAUGGCCACUGAAACUGGAAAAUUGUCAUCCUAAUUAUGGCCAUAUUGAAACCGUGAUCAAUCUCGUCCAGCCUGGACAGCAAGAUAUUAUGAGGAUGCACAAAAAAGGAUUCACCACAAGCGGGACAUCUGGCACUGUGGCAUGGCGUGUGGAGGGAAUGCGCGUGUCGGUUAUCGUCAUGUGGUCCCUUCCCUACAACCUCACAUUUCGUAGUAAUGUCCUCGCAGUUGGGUUAUGUGACAAUGGACGCAAUUGGGCGGCAAUAUUUGAUGAAAUGUUCUACAAAGAAGAAACAUAUUUCAAAAGAAAAGAGUUCUACAAGAUUGUAAAUCCUUUAGAAUAUCAUAGCACCGAUAUAGUCAUAACCGGAAUUAUGGGCACCACCAGCAAAGCGGACAUUGUCAUAAACAUCGAGCCAACCAACGCAUUAAAUCGCUUUGUGUCCCCGCUCGUGAAAACCCAAUUAAAAGAUGAAAAACAUUUGCCGGAAGGUGUGCAGCAUCAGCAUUCGGGACCACAACAAUCAAGUGGUGCUUUCGAUAAGGCAGCAUUUCAGACGGCUGUCCAAAAGGAAGUGGAGCGCCAGUUACACCAGCAGCAACAUCAGAGUCCUGGGUCACAGGCCCGACCAACUCGUGUAUACACCCGUGGUGCUGGUCGCCGCCCAUCGGGUCGCGGCUAUAACCGAGGCGGGAGUGGGAGAAACGACAGCAGGAGAGACUGGACAGCAAAGCACCCAGCAAGCUUUGAAUGCAGUUUUUGUGGACGCGUUGGACACAUGGAAACAGAAUGCGAUUAUAUCUGCUCGUAGGGCGAAGUUUUCUAAUCGGAUUCCCCUGUCGGUUGUUUUUCAUGAUAUCGGCUAAAGUUUUCGUUAGAAUUCCGAACGUGCUCACGGGAGCAUAAAACGUUAAUGCCGUGAGUACAACGGGAGCGGCAUUGCAGCCGGUUUAUUCGAUCGUGCUGCAAGCUAAAUAUGUCAUCGGUUAGAGAAACUUUAGCAUUCGCAAUAUGACACGCUAGUCUGUACUUGUCGCCAAAAUGCAAUUGCGUUGUACCAGAAUUACCUCGUACGUUUUCUUCAAACGGU